AUGACCUCUUUACAAAAUGUUGCCUUCGUUCUCGUUCCCGGGGGGUUUUCGGGGCCCGAAUGCUAUGGAAGGGUGGUGGACAUAUUGCAAGCAACUGGAGGGGAGGUCCACGCUUUGCGUAACCCUUCUGUGCCUGUCGAGAAGACAGGUUCAUCUAAGCUGCACACUAUGCAUGACGAUGCACAGCAGGUAGCCAGAACAAUCGAGGCGGCGACCGGUCGCGGCAAAGAUGUCGUGGUGGUGAUGCAUUCAUAUGGCGGAUUCCCUGGGACUGAAGCAGUCAAAGGUCAGGACAAGACAAGCAGGGCGGCACAAGGUCUAGAAGGAGGAGUGGUCGCAUUGGUCUACAUUGCCAGCGUGAUCCCGAGUAAGGGAAUGAGUAUGCACAGCUUCACGAUGGCGGAAAGGCUGCCGACGAUUCUGGGCAAUUUAGGUGGCUGGAUCGCUCCAGCUGCAGCUGGUUCGCCGACCAAAAUCUUCUCUGACCUCCCGGCGGACGAAGCAUCGAAGUAUUUCGACACGUUGCGGCCACAGGCUGCCGUAACAUUUGCGGGACGAGUCACUUUUCCUGCAUGGAAGACUGUCCCGGUGACCUAUAUAUGUGCUGCAAAGGACGAAAUCAUUCCACCACAUGCGCAACGGACAAUGGUGGAUCGUUUACGGAGACAGGGAAUUCGGAUAAAUGAGGUUGAGCUUCAAACAGGACAUUUACCGACCCUGAGCAUGCCGGAAGCUGUUGCAAAGGCUAUUGUCGAUGCGGCAGGGGAAGCAAACAGCUCCUAG